AUGGGCUACGGAGAGCUAAAUGGUAACGCAGGAGAAAGAGAAGUGUCGUUAAAGGGCCUGUGCUCUGAUGAAGCCACCACCCCAGGAUCUAGGGUACCCAAUGGCAGCCAGCAGCUCGUCGACACUAACGUGACCCCAAAGCAGACGGUGAAGGCCAGUGCUUUGGGGAAAGCUGGAAUCAAACCCAAGAACUUCAUUCAGAAAAAUAGCAUGGACAAAAAGAAUGAGAAGUCCUAUGAAAAUAAAGUUAGAGAAAGCCAGUCCUCGGAGAAGCCAGAGGGAGUGUCUAUUCCAAACGGUGUAGUAACCAAUAAUUCUAGUUAUAUCACGAAUGGCUACGUAGGCAAAGGGGCCGAUAACGAUGGGAGCGGCUCCGAGAGUGGAUAUACUACACCUAAAAAACGGAAAGGCAGGCGCAACAGUGCCAAGGGUUGUGAGAACUUGAAUCUAGUACAGGACAAAAUCAUGCAACAGGAGGUCAGCGCACCAACCUUAAAACAGGAACUUGAGAGUUUCAAGCCUGAUUAUAGCGAACAAAAGGGGAACCGAAUUGAAAAUACUAAGCCCGUUUGGAAAUACGAGGCUGGGGCUGGUGGAGCAGGCCGGGGAAAGCCUGGGCUUGGGGAUGUACAGCGAAAAAACUCUGAUGCCAAACCUGGGAUUAGCAGCAAGAAGUUUGAUGACCGGCCCAAAGGGAAGCACGCAUCGUCAGCUACGUCUAAAGAGGACUCAUGGACCUUGUUUAAACCACCCCCGGUUUUUCCAGUGGACAAUAGCAGUGCUAAAAUUGUUCCCAAAAUAAGUUAUGCAAGCAAAGUUAAAGAAAACCUCAACAAAGCAGCUCAAACCCCAUCCACGUCGUCUUCGUCGUCUUCGUCAUCUGCUGGGGAAACUCAGGCCCAAACAUCGAGUCGACUGUCCCAAGUCCCCAUGUCUGCUAUGAAAUCUGUUACUUCUGCCAGCUUCUCCAACGGGCCCAUCCUCGCAGGGACUGAUGGAAGUGUCUACUCUCCAGGGACCCAGCCACUGCUCUCCACUGCUGCUAGUACUGUACCAUCCGCCUCCCCCGAGUCAGCACCCCAGGACACGAGCACCACCGCGACAGCUCUCGAACAAAAGAAGUCUAGCCUUUUUAUCUACCCUUCAAAUAUGCAAACUGUGCUUCUGGGUGCAGCGCAAGUCGAUUUCCCCUCGCAGACGAAUCAGCAGAACCUGGGAGAUAUCUUCCAGAAUCAGUGGGGCUUGUCUUUCAUAAACGAGCCCAGCGCCGGACCCGAAACUGUUGUGGGGAAAUCUGCCGAUAAUCAGUUAAUGGAAGUGACAUUUCAAGGGGAAUAUCCUGCCACUUUGGUUUCACAGUGUGCUGAAAUCAUUCCCUCAGGAACUGAACAACCUGUGUUUCCUAAGGCUUAUGAGCUGGAUAAACGGACUAGCCCUCAAAUUCUUAGUGCUAUUCUUAAGCCUGGGACUGCUGGUGAGGGUGGUGUCUUAGCCUUGGAGUCGCAUCACACAGGUGACCUACAAAAGGCAGACACCGGUAGCCAAGGUGCUUUAGUGUUUCUUUCAAAAGACUAUGAAGUAGAGAAUCCUCUGGCCUCUCCUACGAACAAUUUGCUAGCCUCCGCCAAAGAACAGAGGUACCAGAGAGGCCUAGAAAGGAAAGAUAGCUGGGGUUCUUUUGACCUGAGGGCUGCUAUUCUAUAUCACACUAAAGAAAUGGAAUCGGUUUGGAAUUUGCAGAAGCAAGAUCCCAAAAGGAUAAUCACUUACGAUGAAGCCAUGGAUCGCCCGGAUCAAUGAAGGUAGCAAGACGAGACUGCCUGUUAUUACCUUUCUGCAGCAUUUGUGCUGUUCGUGGGGGACAAAAGGCUUUUAUGCUCCUUCUAAAUCUUCAGUGCAGCAGAGGAACCGUAACUAGAAUCACAGGAUAAUAUAUACAAAUAUAUAUAUAGUUAUUUAAAAAAUGGCAACUGAAAGUAAUUAGACUUCUUAAGGAAUCUGAAAAUUUAUUUCAACGAGACUACACACGUGAUUAUUUAAUCUCCGGUACUGAAUAGAUUUUUUUUUUCCAUUUUUUUUUGUUUUGUUUUUGUUUUAAAGAGUGAAUGCAAGUGAUUAACAAAUACAGACUCAAUUUACAAGCCCGGUUCUAAAGUUCCUGCUGUCGUCUACAUGGGCAACAGCAACCCACUGGAGAGGCAUUUCCACUUGACAAGGUUUCUGUUUCUUGUUCUGUGACUGUAGUGACACACUAAUCACAGGGAAAUCAGGAUGAUUCACCAUCCUUCAUCUCCCCUUUCCCUUCCACCUCCAAUAUUUGGGUGUUUUUUUUUUCUGUUUUGUUUUCCAUUGAAUGCUGGAGGAAACGCCUUGAAGUUUGCAGAGCUUCUAUUUUUUUUUUUUAUUAUUAUUAUUUUUUCCAGAGAAUUAUAAUCCGCAUGUUUUGCCAGGAGUAAAGCAGCCAAUCCUAUGCUGGGAAUAUUGUCUUAAAGCAUCAUUCUUCUGGGGGAAAGAUGGUAAUACUGCAGUUCUAGGAUGCAUGGUGAAGUCACACAGUUGACCUGGCUCCGGUUACACGUUGGACUCUUGCAACUGAAGAGUUGUUUUCAUUUUAAAAGACAACAUGCGAAAAUAAGCAAUCUGUUUAGGCAUUUAAUAUGGAUAAAAAAAAAAAGAAAAACAACAAAAAAAACCACUGUUCCCACAGUUUAAUGCCAUUGUAUUACUGGGAGCAAAAAAAAAAAAAAGUAUCUUCUGCUUUCAACUGUAGGUGCUUCAUAUUUGCUUUGUCUGUCUCCUAACACUAAAUGUGCUGGAUUUUUUUCCCAUUUUCAUUGGAAAACUGAAGAGGAAUUGAGUUCUGCUAACUUUCACCCUUGAAUUAUGUUUUUUCUCUUUAAAAAAAAAAAAAAAUUCAAAAGGAAAAAAAAAAGGAAAAAAAUUAAAAAAAAAAAAAAGAAAAAAAAAAAAUAGAAAAAUGGGAAUUUGAAUCCUUUUCAAUUUGUCCAUAGAAGGCCAAUGGCUGGGCUUCCUGCACCCGCCCGUUGGAAAUGCUCUUUUAUAUUUUAAUGCAGUCUGUGUAUUUCCGGGCUCUGCUUCUAAUUAUCUCUUAAUAAAAAUAUAUUUUAUUACAAAAAUGGAGGACUUAGGAAUGAAAAUAAUAAUUUAAAAAAAAAAAAAAAUAAAAAAAAAUAAAAUACAAAUCCAAGGAAAGGAAAGCUUUCUCGCAGUGGUAGAGAAGGCUGAGCAGACUGCAGGCUCCAGCUGUGUAACCCGCUCUGUCCCAUCACAGCUCGUGUAGCGCAUCCAAAUCAUCUUGGGGUUGGGUAAUUUUUCUGGGUUGAGUCUUUUGUUUUGUUUGUUUUGUUUUUUUUUUAAAAAGGUGGAAAGUUCACAGGGUCCGGUGCAAGAGUGAGCAAUGAAUGAAGCAAAAAUGGGGGUUUCUGACCUGCCCGAGCGCCACAUCAGUGCUCAUUGUGGGUGUUUGUGGCCAAAUAUGUGUCUGGGCAUCAAGGUCAGCAGCAGUUGGUGUCUCCUAAAACUAGACUGGACCCUAUGGGGCAUUACAGGAAGCAGAUAAACCCAAAACUUUUGCCUACCCCUUGUGCUUAGACUUUUCCACUUUUUUCCUUUUUUUUUUUUUCUUUUUGUUAACUUGGAGUACGUAGCAUGCUUUUUUUUUUAAAUUGUUUUUAUUCUUUUAAUGAGAUCGUUCCUGAAUGAGACGCUUAAGUUCAUGGUGGGACAAUGAAACUUAAUUCUGUACCUUUUGUAAGAUCGCUCGCUUUCUGCCACGCUUAGUUAAAGUUUGACUAUGGAUUGCCUACUCCAUUCUAUGUAUAAACUACUAUAUAGUAUAAUACUGUAGUGUAAUACUAUAUAGUAAUCAUGUAUUGUAUCAGCCCAGGUUCAGAAAUGUGUGGUUGGCCAGUCGCAAAUGGUUCUGUUUCACCCAUAAACUGUACCACCUUGACGGGUGCGUGUAACUUUUCAGAUGUAUAACAUGUUUACAGAUGUGCCCGACAUCUAGUCCUCCCACCUUCCUAGAUUUUUAAUUCUGUCGAGUCUCCCAACUGCUUGCCAAAAGUGGGAAUCGCCCCCAGCUCCGCUGCGGAAGAGCUGGGGCCUUCCUGAGCUUUAAAGUGUUGAACAAACUGGACGGCGGGACUGGGAAAAUCUUAAGGUAGAAGAAAUGUUCUCUCUUUUUUUUAUUUUCUUUUUUUUUUUUUUUCAAAUUAGUAUUAUUUUUCAAAAAGUUGAAGGCUAAUAGCAAAGUUUCCAGUUUGUUUGACUGGCUUUAAGGCUCUGCUGUGUAUUUAUUUGCCUUGUGUAGUCACUUGUCGCCUUAAGGGCUGGGUUCCAUUAAAAAAAACCAACAAAAAAAAAAAGACAAAAAAAAAAAAAAAAAAACCAGACAAAACCAAACCCUGUUCUUCUUGCCUGGGGUCUGCGCUGUCCUUGUCCCCCCCACCCCCAGCUCCACUCUUGGGGCUGCCACGAUGCAGGAGCUGAACAGCAAUAACCCGUGCUCAGCCUGACCCUUGGCGUUGAGAACGAUCCCGGUUCUUGCUGAAAUCCUUGAGGAGGCUCCUCUUGGCCUGGUCCAAUCCAUCUUCUAAACCGCGACAAGAAGUGCUGAACGCAACACGGUUCGAGUGAUGGGUUGGGUUGGGUUGGUUUUUCCCCCUUCUCUCCCCCCACCCUGAUGUUUGUCCCCCGCUGCUUUUCCUCGCUGCCGGUGGUGCCCACCCAGAACCCCUCAAUCUGCAGCUUCUCUGCUGUGUUUCUGACCAUCCUCUCUCCAGAUGUCUGUCUGUCUGUCUCCACGAGCUCCGCGGCGUGUGCUGGGUGCUGAGCAGUUACGAAAUCCUCUCUCUGAGCUCCCCGUGGCUCCGGCACGGGUGGUGUUUCUGGGAUGGACUAUUGCCUAGAGCCAGGCAGGACCCGUGGAAGAAACUUCCUCCUGCCGCCCUGUAACUCGCCCUGUCGCUAUCUGCAGUCCUCCCGAAGUCCUCACACAAUUCUUUACUGAGCACUUAUUAAAAAUAUCUUAAGAUUUAAUCUGUUUUCUGAUUUAUUUUUGUGUAAACUUAUUAAAAAAAAAAAAAAAAAAGAAAGAAAAAAAAAACACAAACCCUGAAAAUUGAGCUGUGACUAAUUUAGCACAUUUUAAACAAUGCUAAGGUGUUAACUGAUAAGUCUCAUGUUUUGGUUUUCUUUUUGUCGAUGUUGUUGUUGUUUUUUGUUUGACUCAGAGUAUUAGUACUGUAGCAUAAACCAAAUACGGCCCGGGAGGGGGUGCAGGAGCCCCCUCUGUGGGGUCUGCCCCCUCUGUGGGUCUGCCCCCCAGGGUGUCUGCGUGCGAGCAUCCCGCUCGCCGAAGGAGAGCGAGCGUGUAUUUAUUUGUGCCAUUGUUUUCAUUACACUGAGUAAAGUUUUAAAACAAAAAACCCUUAAAUACCGUGUAGUUUUGGGAAGUGGCACUAAGGGUGAAAUCGUGAGCUAUUUUUUUAUUAGCUAUGGAGAUACUAAUUCAGGUUAAGGCUUCUCUCCCGUUUCUGUUCCCGGUGUGGGUCCGGUGAGUCCCUUUCCUCCGGUUCCUGGAGUUUCUAUUUAUUGGAGUAAGGAUUCCUGCAGGGGCUGUCUCCUUUCUCCUCUGGUCUUUCCCCACUGCUCAUCCUCUGCCAGCAGGUCCUGUCGGGUGUCUCUUGACCAGGGUCUCGUGCAGCGCAGGCUGGAGUGGGUUCCACCAGCCACAUCCAGCACUGGGUCUGGGUCUGCCUUCUCUUUGGUGGGUCAGGGAGUGGUUCCUCCACUCCAAGAGAGGAUUUAAAAGCUGUUCCCAUCCCCAGUGACGGUGGUUUGGGGACCUUCAGCCUCUCUGCUCCCUCCACCCGACCGGUGGUUUGGUUGGAGUUUGGUUUUGGUUUUCAACCCACCUCAGUUGUCCCUGAAACCUGUUUCUGACGUUAGAAAUCUCUCGUCUCUUUGACAAUGUGGAGAGAGCUCCAGGGCAUGGUUUCUGUCACGAACCCACUUCAAACCGUGGUCCUUUCUGAACUGUAAAUCCCACUGUUUGCCUUUCGUAGCUGCUGUGAGCUUCUCUGAAAUGUGGAAAAGAUACCCAAUUCUCGUUAGCUUGUGAGUACACCAGCUGUUCAGCGACUGGGAGCGGGCGGUGGGUGACCUGGCCAGCUAAACCAGAAGGAAAAUUGCUUCCUGCUGGGGAAAAAAAAGAUAAAAAAGAGAGGUGGAAGUUGUCCUCUCAGUUUUGUGUGUAAUUAGUGCUCUUACCUUCAAGAGAGUGUUCCUGUAGCAUGGUGGCAUCCUUUCCAGAAGUGGCCAGUGGGUGACUUCAGGGACACCUGGGAGCGAUGGCAUUCAUAGGCGUCUUUCAGGAUUGCUGGUAGUUUUUCCUGUGCGUUCAGUUUUUGCUCUUGAUUCAGCAUUUUUCAGUACAUGGCUAUGGUGUCCGAAGCUUUCAGCAGUCUUGUCCCUAGAUGAUUUUUCUGUGCGUACAUCCGUAGUGGUUUGUUUUCCUUGCAGAGGCUGUGUACAAAGGAGAUGGUCGAGGUCAGGGGGGGAGAGAACAAGGCUACACCUAAUUUCAAGCUGCUACCCAUUUUCACACCGGUGCGUAAGGCAGGAGGAGGGCAAGGGCUGGAGGAGCGUUGCCGUGGUGGAGCAGCCCAAGAAGUCAAAGUAAUUUUAGCUUUGGCCACCACGAGAGCGUUGUUUGUUUAUUUCCAUGCGAAAAAGCCCUGGUGCAAGCAGUUGAGAAGCAGGAACCUGGGCUGGUGGGAAGGGGCAGAAGAUGUGGGUCUGCGCUGCCGGACGCGCUGCCUUCCAGAGAUAACAGAGCUUUAGACAUUUGCACAAUCCGUGUUACACCACAGGGUAAGGCUGGCUUCCUUGGGUCCUGCUCGAGAUCCUCAAAAGUGGCAUCGCUCAGCCAGAGAUGCCAGAGGAGCAGACGUCUGGGGAGGUACAGGAGAGCUCCUCGGUGGCCUCAUGUUGGGGGCAUGAGACCCUCGGAGCACGUUGCCAGGGGGUGUUGGGCUGCUCUCUGUCCUGGGACAGGAGCAAAAGUCAUCCUUGUGCUUUCACCAGGGGAUGCUGAGCUGUAUUUAUCUUGACUGUUAAUCAGAAAGCUUCGUACGACGUGUCCAGAGCUCUAAAGCCAUUUUGUAAGAUAGCAGUAUCCCUUUUCUACAGCCUUAUUAAUGAGUAUCUUUAAAAAGAAGAAAAAAAAAAAAAAAACCAACCAUAAAUAGUUCAUUUCUUUCUGUGGUAUGAAACUUGUGUACUGCGAACAUAUGAACGUUUAGCAAAAACACAACUUACAGUUUUCUUAAAAAAAUCAACAAAAAAAAACCUACAAAAAAAAAAACCUGUCUGCUUUCCAUACGGUCUUUCCUCAGGUGCUAAAUAAGGGUUCCAAAAAUGGAUACUGCUUUAGGAGUUUCUGCUUUAUUCUUAAAAUACAUAUUUUUUUGCUUAGGUGUUGUAAAGAUAUUUUAACAAGAAUGUUUUUUUAAUGUAAAUAAGAUUGUGUCUUUAAUUUUUGUUUUAUCUCCUUUUUGUCUAUAUGGAAUAGUCUAAUUUUCAUUUUAUCCUUUUGAGAAGGACCCUCUUUAUGACCUUCCCUUGAAGACAUUUCAUUAAGUGUUGCUGCAUUUAAGAAUGAAUCUACAACUGUUCAUUGUCUUGGAUUAAUGCUGCUGCUGCUAUAAGUAACCCUGAAAAUCAAGAAUGUGUGAUGCACUUUUUUGUGGGUUUUUCUGUUGUUUUUUUUUGUUUAUUUUUUACAUGACCAUGUAGUUCCUCCGCGGAUGGUUGAACCCUCCUGUAACACAGCCACUGACCCCGCGGGCAGCGUCGGGCCAGGGGGAGCCGGGGCGAAGGAGAGGGCUGUACCUAAAUUUGGUGCUGACCUACGGAAAUUUCUAUGCAAACGCAAGCAAAGGAGAACUCUUUUAACUUGAGAGAACACUGUGCAUUUUUAUUUUUUAUUAUUUUUUUUGGUGGUUUGUUUGGUUUUUUUCUUUCUCUCCUUCCUUUUCUCAAGCUGCUAUUGGAAGGGUAGUGCAAAUCCCUGAGGUUUUCAACUUCUCCUUCCCCCACGGCUGGUGGUGCAGGAAAGAUGCCCGAGUAACUCGUAAGGUAGAAAAAAAUCUCAAAUCGAUUCCCGUCUCGUCUCCGGUUUUAGUAAUUUUGUUUUCUAUUUGAAUCUGUCUUUGGAAGGAAAUUGCUCAUCUCUGCGAAAAGAUCUUUUUAAUGCUUUAUCUCAAUGUGAAGUUGACCAGCAGUAUUAACCAUUGCGUGGCCUCCUUCCUGCCCGUGAGGGAGCAUUAGGCUCCUUCUCCAGCUGCCCAUGGGUGCCAGGGGGUGGUCGGUGCCCAGAGUUGGAUGUUUCCCAAAAAAAAAAAGUGAUGCCCGGCCAUCUCCCCAGCCAAAACCUGAUGGCUGAGGUGUUAAAGUAGUGGAGGAAGGUCCUCGCUGCAUCGAGGUGCUGCCGCGGGGCACGGGCAGGUCCAGAACCUCUUGUCUUCAUGGGUCACAGCUGGACCACCACGGGGAGGGAGGGAUUCAUUCUGUGAAGGAGGAGGAGAAAAAAGGGAAUUUACUUGACUACUUACAGAAGAUCCUUUAGGAAAACAAAGUACCUCUGUAAAGUGAGGGAAGAGUAAGGAAGGUCUAAAGUCGUGUAGGAAAAACGCUCGGGGAUUACAGCUGCCUGGAAAAUAGUCUAUAAAUACCAUAGGCCAGAACUCUGCCUGUUUCUUUAGUUUUUUCAGCAUUUUUAAUUUUUCUUAUCUUUUAUUUUUUAGCCAGCGUUUGCUCUUUUAAACACACACACGUGUGUGUGUGUGUGUGUACAUCUGACUCAAUGUGCCUUGCGUGUGUGCUUAGUCUCGCUGAGGAGCGUUUGUGGUGGGGGGUGGCGUGGGACGGGCGGGCUCCUGGCUGGUGGCACGAUGGCCGUGCCCCAUCUACAGUCCAGGGCUGGUCACUGUCCUGGUCACCCAUCCCAUGGACACGAGCCUCGGGCUCCAGCUUGCCUAGUGGCUGUCUUACAGUUUGGGGACAAUGUCCUGUGGGGUGGCACCUUUCCUUUCCUAACACGAGCCGUUUUCUGUGACUUUGGAGGGGACUUGGGGGGUGGGAGGGAGAAAAAGAGAAGCUGCUUUGCUGUUCUCCUGCGGACAGAAGUAAUCAUUGCUGAGCUUUGCCUGCAAAGCCAAAACAAGAGAGGGUCUGGAACGGGCUUUGCUCUGGAGUUAGGGCUCUCUGCGGCACUGGGGACCCCAUUACCUGGGGGAUGGAGAGGGGGGGACACAUUAUUCCCCUUCCAGGUUGUGGUUCUUGUUACUGUGGGGUUUUUUUUUUCAGUUUUAUUUUCUUUGUAAAGGAGGAGUAAACACGCCUUGCUUAAAGUUUAACGACGUAGAAAUGCUUAUGUUUGCAGUCAGUGACUCAGAAUACGAAGCUGUGCAAUUCUUGGUUUCUUCAUCUCUCUCCCGACUCACUCGCCCCAAAGUGUGAUUUCUGUCCGAGUCUUUCCGAACUUCUGCCACUGUAAAUGUGAAAGCUUGCUUGCAUUAUUUUUUAGAAAUGCAUUUUGCACACUCGGGUUUCGCUGAAGCUCCGUGAAAAAGGUUAGUUUGAAGCAGAUGAAUAAAGCUAUGCACAUGUUUUGAAAGUUUAAUUUGUGUCUCAUUACCAGAAGUGACUUAUCUGCCCUCUUUUGCAUUCCUGUGCUGUCAUUGCCUGCAUUAUCUUCACCAUCUUGGAGGGUAUGAUGUAAGGUGACAGUUCUUUGCUGACAGCCGUAGCAGAAAACUGGCGCUUCUUGAUUUUUUUAGUAGCCUUUCUCUCUCCUUUGCUUUCUCUGUAUCUCUCUGUAUAGCUAUAUAAAUAUAUAUAUUAUUUUUUUAUUUUAAAGAGCCUACUUUAGUAAUCGAAUUGGAGGGAGCGGGGUGUGCUGGCUUGUGUCUCAGAUACACGUUGUACCGUCGGAUGAACGAGUGCCCUGUUUCCCUCUGGUGGGGGGCAUGGCGGUGGUACCUGCCGGCCUCCCGCCCCAGGAGCUGUGAGGAGGGGAUGGAGAUGGGUGGGCCGCGUCGCAGGCCAACUCAAGGCUUCUAAUAACAAAAAAUGAAGCGCAGAGAAACCCUACCCUUGCGUAUUCCCACUGUGAGGCGGGAGGGACGGGCUCUCCCCGCCGUGGGGCUGUGGUCCAUGGCCCACCGGAGCGGAGGGAGGGCUCCCGCUGCUCUCCCGGGGUGAGAGCUUUAUUUCGGUUUUGUUUUCACGAGUUGGGUGCGUUGAGUUGCAGGUACCACCUUUUGGAAACUUGUUGCUUAGCCCAGAGCCUUUGCGCGGGAGAGGUGGGAUUUUGUGAUGGGAGAAGGACCCUGACAGCUUUCUCCUCGUGUUCCCUUCGCCAUGGCAGAAAUUUGUACUAACUUGACAGCUUUUUUUCAUACAGAACAGGGCUGCUUUUCUAUCUACCAUCACACGUGUACUUACACACCUUCAGCGGCUCGCCAGCCCCUGAAGGUCCUCAACUUGUUUCCCGGGGGGGGGGAUGGAUGCCCCUCUCUCCCCCCCCUUCCCUGAAUAUUUCAGUGUUAAGGGUGGUGCGAAAACACAACCGCGCGCUUCGACUCCGAGCUGGGGCUGGAGCCGUCUCCUCUCCUGCCCCCCCAUCCCCAAACCCCCAAAAUCCACCCCCCCCCCCCGUCGAUAAGUUCUCAUUUCGUUGGGUUUCCUGGUGUGUGUUCAAAUCGCUGCGAGGGGUUGUGCUCUUACCUGCUCAGGAGCUGAAUUACCUCUGACCCGCGGAGAGGGGCAGCCCCUCUUUGUCGUCGAUGUUGUAGUGUGCAACCGCACGGAUGGGUAAAGGGUAGUCUUUUUUUUUUGUUUUCUUCUCUUCUUCCCCCUCCCCGGUAAUUUCCGAGUAGGUUUCAUGCACUCUGUGUGCCCGGCUGGAAAAGGCGUCGGCGUUUUCCUGGUGGUGAGAGGGUGGCUUAGAAGAGUUAGUGUAAUACCUGCUGUAGCUGUGUCCGGCGCAGCCCCUUGCGCUGGUAUGGGUGAUGUCACGGACUGUAAGGAUAGGUAAUGUCCAUGAGCUGUAAUGGCAUGAUGUAUCUUUACCAAUGAUGUCAUAACUUCACACUAAAUGUUUAAAAAAAAAAAAAGGAAAAAAAAA